AUAAGAGUCAGUUCAACACCAGUGGGUGUAAAAUGCCUCCUUAUGUUCUGCAGUGUUGGUGUAAAUAUUCAGAGUUAAAACAGGUUUUUUAAAAAUAACUCUUUACAGUGUAACUUGUCAAGUGUUAAAGGAAAUGCACUCGGUUAGAGUUACUAAAACACUAUAAUGCAGUGUUAAUGAAAAUUCUCCAAACUGAGUGUAAAAAAGUACUCUGAAAAGCUCCGCCCCCUUGCACUUUGUGCCAGACCGAAGAGAAUUUUAUCGGCGCCAUUUUCAACUUCUCCGCCUUGCUGGAAAAGUCUCGGUAAGUUUCCUCAAUUUUUCAUUUUUUUCCUGAAUUUUCACUGUCGUUACACUCAAAGCAGCAUAUUAAAAUAACAUGGUUCUUCAGACAGAAAAAAAUAUGCUUUUCACGUGACAGAUGUUUGAGGAGUUGUUAGCUAGCUUAAACCUUCAAAAUGUUAUCCUAUAUUUAGCAUUAAAUAAAGAUGGCAUUUUAGACAUAAAAUUGCAUUAACGGGUCACUACGCUUCCAAACGUUGAUAGGAACCUAUAAAAUAUACUUCAGGGCUGAUUUUGGGAAUUGACUUCAGACACCUGCCUCGAGCUCCCCCGGGUUAUGUUUUCAAUUUGCCUCGGGGGAAACUCCUUCUGCGGGAGCUGCGGUUCCUCUGAAACAGCAUGAAAUGUAUCGUCGGUGUUAAUUAAAUCUCAGCUAUUUCUACUUUUUAAUGGUAUUCUAUUAAAGUUAUGCUUGUUACUAUCAACGAACAUGAAAUCGUCCUCAGAUGAAUAUCAAAUGAUCAACUACGUUUGUGGUUUGUUUAAAGUAAUUCUUGAGUCAAAACAGUGUUUUAGUCGUUGAUCGCCAGGCGCUGAGACGCCCUUGCACUGGGCUGAGAAAAUCGGUUUACUUUCAGAAUUCUGCUGUCACAGCAUUUAGCAGACAGGAGCACACCCCGCGGACUCCACACCGGCUAGAUCGCUGCUAUUAUUGCUGCUUGCUUCAUACACACCUAAAGAGGCGGAGCCCUUACUGAGACGUGAGCUCAGGUGGAGCAAAAGGAGACGUUUUUCUAGCAUCCAAAAGAAGCCCACCCCCCGAACCACCCACUAUUAAACGUUUACUGGGAAGCAGCUGGAAGUCCUCCAUCAACCACCUGAUCAGCAAGUGAAGAAAAGACAACUUUGUAGCUGCUUCAUCCACCCUGUUUGUUUCACACAGGGAAAAACUGCUGUACGGAAGUUAAAAUAUGCAGAUGAACUGUAAUUCUUAUCCAAUUACUUCAGUAAUCAAUGGAAUUAUCGAUAGAAUACUUAAUUACUAAAGUUGCAGCCCUAAUUUAAUUUGCUCCUUUAGGACAGCACCACCACAACAUGUGAGAGAGAUGUAUGCUCAAGGCAUGAUUGAAAAGUUCCCAAACCUGCGUGAUCCUUAUUCCAAAAAUGGAUAUUGGCUACUUAGCAUGGAGGCUUAAAACCAUCCAGAGGAAGAGCACCUUAUCAGAGGGGAGAAGAUCAUCAUGUCAGCUGACUGGGUGUGGACCAACAGCCAGAGGAGAUGCUUCAUUUAACCCUGAGGUGACCCUAAGAGAAGAGCCAUAUAAGGAAGCUAAUUCCUUCAUGAAAUACUCUUCUGAUGAGGCCGCCAUCAGGAACAAAAUGAAGAUGAUGUUUGAUUACCGUUGCAAGAUGGUCCUGGACGAAAACAGAUCAUCCAGCGUCUUGACUGAAUUUCCUCGCUUCAGAGAUGUCAGAGGCUUGAUUGAGCAAGACUUCAUUCUGGAAUUUGGAGAAGAUGUAGCUACCAGGUUUUUGGAGAGGUGGCCGACUGUUUUCAAGCAUAAAGUGAUCCAGCAGAGCAAGACUCUCCCUACCUCAACCGACCUUGAAGAAGUGAUCUACUGUGCUGAAGGAGCUUCAAGUGAGGAGGAACUGGAUGAGACCCUUACCUCUGGCUGGGACAGUGAUCUUGCUUCCAUCAUUCUCCUGUUCCACCUGAUUCCUCCUUCCUGUCAGGGUUACAAAAGACGUGGGAAGGUUUCUCCAUCCCAGGAUGAGGAGCACCAUGUGGUCUUCCAGAAGAGUGGAACAAGUGUCCAGGAACAUGCUGAUGCCAUGAACUCCACUACGCAGCCCUACCCACUUGCUGUUGGGACAAAGAGGAGCACCAUUCAUGAGUUCUUCAUUGUUCUGGACAAGCAGGUCGUACCAUGCAAGUCAGCCAGCUCACUUGGAGCUUUUGAUGAAAUUUUUCACUUCGUAUUUGGAACUGUUUAUAAUCAAAUCCUCCACAACAUGUACGUCUUGGAACUUGGAGAGUUAAAGGAAGGUGCUGAAAUUGCUUCAGAACUUUGUAGUGAACUCUCUCUCUCUCCAUGUCAAACACAAAAUUACUUUCAACUGGGGCUACAGAAUUUCAUCGGCAACAACAUAUUCCUAAUUGGUCACUGGUAAUCUAAAGAUCUAAUUUGAAAAGCUUUUGUGUAAAAUUUUAUGUGACCUUAAGAAAAUGGGUGCUUUUAACUUUGUCACUGACCAAUUGAUAUUUGUCGUUUGUUAAAAAUGGCACUAAUGUCAAGUUCUUCAAAAAAUAUGUAUUUCUUAGAUAAAUGGAUAAAGAUGUUCCAGUAAAUUCACAUUGUCUUAGAAAAGUUUUUUCUUUCUAAUCAAACUGAAAAUGCAGAGAAGCCUUUAAGUGCAUUUUAUUUUUGUACUGAACUUAAUAAAUUAAUAAGACAAGGAAGAUGGGUUCUUUUUGUGCUACAAAUAUCUUUGGCUGUAUGUCGUAAGAAAUAUUAACAAUAGGUUUAUAAAAACAGUAUAUAAUUGUGUAAAUUUUUUUGACACUGACUGAAUUGGUUACACAUUAACACUGUUUAGAGUUAAAUUUAAUUAACAGUUAAAUAGAUCUUACACUUGUUAAGAAAAAAUUGUAGGAGUUGAUUUAG